AUGAGCUUCGUCAACAACUCCCGCAUGUCCGUCUACUCGACGGCCUCGACUUCCGCGCCGCGUGGUGGAGCCCAGCCCACGCAGACUUCCACCACCACGCUGCUCAACACCCUUAACUCGGCAUACAAGAAUGGCCGCUCAUACAACCUUGAGGCCAGCACCAGCCUCGUCGUCAACACCUGGGUCAAUGCCAAGAGCAUCAUUGACAACCGUAUUGGCGGCACCGUCGACCUCGAGCUGGGCCGCAAGGCGUGGGAACACGCUCGCAGGAGAGCAGAAGACGGGUGCAUAGUUCUGGCUUCGCUCCAUGAAUCAAGCCCCUCGCUAUUUUCUCCCUUCGUGUCUAGUCUGCCGCUCUCGCUUCCCUCCAACUUUUACAUCGCCCUUGAGGCUCUCAAGGCAUUCACCCACUGUGUCACCCCCCAAAAUCCUUCCGCGCCCCGAUACUCUGCAUUGGCCUCCAUCUUCACUAUUAAUCUUGCUGGUACUGUUGUCGGUGCCGAGAUCAAGCUGUCCACAUCCGGCCUUGAUGUCCAACAGGGCCUACUCCAGAUUCCCUCGCAAGCCGGUUUCCGUGCGUUUGACGUCUUUUACUACCUCAACUCCAGCUCUGCAUCGAGACAGGAGAAGGAAUAUCUCGACAUCCAGUCCCUCGACAAAUACGCCCUUCUCCGCCGCUCCGGCACCUACGAACCCCCUUCUUACCUCCCCGAUGCCGACGAUGCCGCCGCCGCCGAGGAUUUCCGCGCCAACCUCAAGGCUAUUGGCAUCAAGGGUCAGAAGAUGACCAGCCUCAUCAGCUGCCUGACUGGUCUGCUCAAGCUUGGCAAUACCUUGGACUACUUCAUGGAUGAGGAGUCUCUUGCAGCCGUGUGCGAAGAUGUCGAGACUCUCAUGGAUCUGCCCGAGGGCACCCUUCGCCAGAAACUCGCCUCCAACGAGCGCGAAGUUGUCAUCGGUGGUCUCUACGAGGCUAUUGUGGACUUUGUCAUUGUCCACGCCAAUGCCUCCAUCAAGAGCGAAAUCCAACGCGCCAAGAAUGGUUACGCUAUGGAUGACAGCGAUGGCAGUGGUAUCAUGACACCUGGUGGAUCCGAGGACGGAGACAUUGUCAACAUCACUGUUGUCGAUAUUCCCAGCCGUGAGCUUGGUAAGGCGGUCGCACUUCGUACCGUCUUCGACGAUAGCGAAGGCAUCAAUGCCGAGAUGCGCGAAGACGGCGUACCCGUACCCCCAGUCGCUAACGCGGUGCUUGAGAGCAUGAGGGAGGCCAUGCAAGUCUGCGGUGCCGACCUGGGUAUCAAUGGCGCAGCUCUGCGCGAGAAAGAGGGCGACUUGGAGAGGCGCGAGACUGUCCUAGACAAACUCGGUCUCGAGAUUCCAGACCAAGACAACUUCGUGAAGAAACUGCUAUACCCCGUGCCCAACGGCGGUAUCGUUCUCGGCAAGCACGGCCGCUUCGAUCUGGCCAUGACUGUGGCUAGCAGCAGAGUCUGGUUUCAGCUCGCACUUCACCCCUCCGACAGCAUCCCUACAUCCUUGAACCAGGAUCUGAACUCCACAUGGCAAGCGGGUGUCAUCUCCCGCCAACUACGUGAGUGGCGUCUCCCAGAAUGGGCCAACCGACGCAACCGCAACCUUGACUUCACUGCUGAUUUUGAUCACCACGAGUUCCAUGACCGAUAUGCUCCUCUUGGUUGCAUGGACGGCCAGGAAGGUAUUCAAAAUUGGGUUCUACAGCGUGGCUGGAGCAACGGCGAAGUUGUGGUUGGAAAGGAGCGUGUAUGGGUCAGAGAAGGCGUAUGGUGGGAAGCAGAGUCACAACUCGACCUCAAGACCCAAGAAUUUGGUGCUUCUGGCAUCAUGGGAGGCAUGGUUGGUGCUGGUGCUAUGGACAGCGCAUACAACAAUCAGCUCCCACCCACUGCGAGCACCUUCUUCCCGCCUCUUCCCGACGCGCGAUCGGCCACUCCUCAAAAUCCGUUCCAGAGCACGACUAGUCUUCACGCGGGCGUUGCUGCGGAUGCCAAAUCUCUUGCUCCCACCGCCCUUACAGUUCCAACUACUGGACCUGGUGAUUACGGUCUUGGUAUGAAAGGCGAUGAAAACAAGGGUGUCUCUUACUUUGAUCUCGAGAAUUCCGGCAAUGGUGUCGUCACUCAGACCAGUUUGACCACUUCCCGAAGAAUAUGGGUUGCAUUCGUCUGGGCAGUCACAUUUUGGGUCCCUUCACCACUGCUCAAAUGGGUUGGGCGAAUGAAGCGACCUGAUGUUCGCAUGGCAUGGCGAGAAAAGCUCGUUCUGGUUAUACUCAUUAUGCUGCUCAACGCGACCAUUGUCUUCUACAUUGUCGCUUUUGGUAAACUCCUGUGUCCCAAUAAAGACAAGGUAUGGAACACGAAAGAAGUGGCCGCUCACCAGGGCGCAAAGGAUUACUUUGUCAGCCACCACGGUACUGUCUACGAUUUGACCUCUUUCUGGAAGAAGCAGCACAGUGACUCCAACACGGAGACCACCAACGAGCGCAUGAUGGAAAUGGCCGGAGCCGACAUGGACCCCUACAUCAUCCCCCCGCUAUAUCUUGCCUGCCCCAAUCUCAUCCAGGAUACCCCCCAGAACCGUGUCUUGCAGUUGAAGCUCAACACCUCCAUCUCAGAGAGCCUCAACUCUCUGGCUGUGCACACUUCCGGCUCGCAAACCAACAUGCCUGACAGCAAGGCUUUGAAACAAGAAGACUGGUACCCCAAAGUGUUCCUCCCGGCUAUCAAACAAUACCGCAAGGGAGAACUUGUCUGGAAAAUUGACGACAUCAAAAAUCAAGGCCAAGACAACAACCGCAUGUGGUUCAGGCUCAAGGAAAAGGUUUACGAUUUGACAAACUACUUCGUUACAAUCGACUAUAUGCAAGACCUUCCCCAGUACAACUUCCUCGACCCCAAACUAGUGGACAUGGUUAAGAACAACGCCGGUGGCGAGCUUUCGGAGGACUUUUCGAACAAACUCAACGACACUUCACAAGCCUUCAAUCUUCAAUGCCUGGACAAUCUCUUCUACGUUGGUAGGACGGAUUUCCGUAAGGAUGCCAAGUGUGUGGUCAACGAUUACAUCCUUCUCGCCUUUACCAUUAUGCUCUGUUCAGUCAUUGUCAUCAAGUUCUUGGCUGCUCUCCAAUUGGGUUCCCGAAAGCGCCCGGCCAACCAGGACAAAUUUGUCAUUUGCCAAGUUCCAGCAUAUACCGAAGGCGAGGACUCUAUCCGAAAGAGUGUCGACUCUCUCACUGCUCUCGCAUACGACAACAAGCGCAAACUCAUCUGUGUCAUUUGUGACGGAAUGAUUGUCGGAGGUGGUAACGAUCGCCCUACCCCCAAGAUUGUGCUCGACAUUCUUGGUGUUGAUCCCAAGGUCGACCCGCCAGCGCUUCCCUUCUGGUCUGUUGGUGAAGGAAGCCAGCAGCUCAACUACGGCAAGGUCUACUCCGGUCUCUACGAAUUUGAAGGCAACGUUGUUCCGUACAUUGUGGUCGUCAAGAUGGGCAAGGAGUCUGAACAAUCCAAGUCCAAGCCUGGUAACCGUGGAAAGCGUGAUUCUCAGAUCUUGCUCAUGAGCUUCCUCAACCGUGUCCACCACCGAUCUGCUAUGAACCCUCUCGAGCUUGAAAUGUUCCACCAAAUCAACAACAUUAUCGGUGUGGACCCUGAGCUGUACGAGUAUCUGCUCAUGAUUGAUGCCGAUACCCUAGUCAAGCCUGAUUCUCUCAACCGUCUUGUGGCAGCCUGUACCCACGACUCCAAGAUUGCCGGUAUCUGUGGUGAGACGAGCUUGGAAAAUGAGGACAGAUCCUGGUGGACUAUGAUCCAAGUUUACGAGUACUACAUUUCGCAUCAUCUGUCAAAGGCUUUCGAAAGUUUGUUUGGCAGUGUUACCUGUUUGCCUGGUUGUUUCACUAUGUACCGUCUCCGUACUGCCGACAAGGGCAAGCCUCUGCUUAUCUCGGACAAGAUCAUCAAGGACUAUGCCGACUGCGUUGUUGACACACUGCACAAGAAGAACCUGCUCUCACUUGGUGAGGAUCGUUAUCUGACCACCUUGAUGACCAAGUACUUCCCUCACAUGUCGUACAAGUUUAUUCCCGACGCCUACGCUCUCACUGCUGCUCCUGAUACCUGGAGCAUUUUGCUUUCUCAGAGACGUCGAUGGAUCAACUCCACCAUUCACAACUUGGCUGAACUUGUCUUCUUGAAGGAUCUCUGCGGUUUCUGUUGUUUCUCCAUGCGAUUCGUCGUCUUUGUCGAUCUUUUCGGUACUCUCAUCCUGCCAUCUAUUUGCGCAUACUUGGUCUACCUAGUCUACAUGGUCUCUUCCGGCACAGGACAAUUUCCCUUGCUGUCCAUUAUCAUGUUGGCUGCCGUGUACGGUCUGCAGGCACUCAUCUUCAUCAUCAAGCGACAGUGGCAACACGUUGGAUGGAUGAUCAUCUACAUCAUGGCGUUCCCCAUUUACUCACUGGCGCUUCCCAUGUAUUCGUUCUGGAAGCAGGACGAUUUCUCGUGGGGUAACACUCGUGUCGUUAUUGGUGAACAAGGAACCAAGCAAGUCCUCACGACUGACGAAGAGGGUUUUGAUCCAAAGGCCAUUCCCAUGAUGCGAUGGGACGAGUACGCUGAACGCAACGACCUCCCUGGUCGCCGUGGUCUCCCCGGUAUGGGUACUGAGAAGGGCGGCUUCAACGCACACGAGGACGAGGCUUACGAGAUGAACGACAUGCAAUCCGUCUACUCGUCAGUCAAACCAGCAUCGACCGUCCUGUCCAACAUGCAUCACAUCUCGCACAUGCCACCUCAGUCUCCCGGUCCCUAUCAGGGCAUGCAGGGACGCCAGUCGACAUACUCGCACAUGACGCGGUACCAAGACAACCCACAAGACGGCCGUCUCAUGUCCAUGGGCAACAUGAGCGACCACUACCGCAACAACACGGCGUCUCCCUAUGGCCAACGCCAGAGCAUGGCCGGCUUCCAGAGCUCGGACAACCUCAUGGCGUCUACACCACCGAUUCGCGGACGAAGCCCUCUUAGCUAUGGUGCCAGCCAGUCACGCCCAGGCAGCACUACCAACUUCCAGACCAUGAUGAACGGACCUAGUGAUGGUCAGAUCAUCGAGACUGUACAGGCGUGUCUCAAGGACGCGGAUCUGGACCGGGUAACGCGCAAGCAGAUCAUCGCGCUUGCUGAGCAGAGGCUGCAAGUGCAGCUGACGGGCGAGCGCAAGAUUUUCCUUGCCCAGGCUAUUGAUCACGAGCUUGCCAACAUGGCUUAA